AUGUCUAACGAACGUGAAGCCCAGAAGGAAAUCCGUCAGAUUCUGAGGCUAUUGGAAAUGACAGCACGCAUCAUAGAAACUUCAGCGAUUACAGACCAAUUUUCAGGGGGUGAGGCGCGAUCCGCUCGGCAAUUUAACAACGCACUUGAGCUCCUGAGCGAUCUCGGUGCAGUGCCCGAGGGUCUGUUUGAGCCUUUAGAGGAUGAUAAUGCAUCUUUUGGCGAUAUUUGCUUUGCCUGUCACCAAGUCGCUGCCUACGUUAAAGAAAGCUGCGCUGAUGAUUUUGUUGACUUCACGCAAAUCAAGAAAACGAUUGGCGAUGAGUUGAAAGAUGUCAAGGAAAUUGUGCGGCAAUCAAUGCCCUCCUUCUUCAAAGAUGUAUGGGGCGGACAAACACAGGAAGCUAAUACUGAUGUUGCCGAGACCGUUGAGGUCACCUCAGACGAGGACGAGGACGAGGACACAACAUCUGUCGAACAGCGGAUUGCCAAGCUUGAAGGGCAAAUGGAGACUAUUGAGUUCUCGGCGGAUAACGUCUUCUUUCGUCUGUAUAUUGCCAGUUACGAUGAUGUUGCCGACACGACCUUCGUCAAUCUCAAUACCGAGAUAAACGCCAUCCGCGAAUUUCUUCACAGAGAGUUGCUCUUCAUCCACACGCGCGAAACGGUACCCGUUCUCCCGAUAAAAGCGUGUGAUCGCUUCAAGAUCGGAUUUCAGAACGGUUUCAUCGUAAACACUCCACACAUCUGUCCGCAUCAGCGCACGGAUUUGCUGUUCAGGGAAUGA